AUGGAAGAGAAUGCAGAAAGUGCCGCAGAAAGUGAACAGUCGCCACUUCAUGGCACCCACGCAGAAGAGAAUACGAAUGGGUCAGUCGAAUUUGGGCAAACACGACGAACAGAGUCCAGGAAGCUUCCCGCGAUCACUGCGUGUGAGCUGUGCAAAACCAGAAAAGUACGAUGUGAUCGUGUAGAGCCCUCGUGUGGAUGGUGUUCUAGAAAUGGGCGAUUGUGUGUUUACAGAGAUCGACAAAAGCCAGGUUUUCGUGCCGGGUAUGUGCGUGAGCUUGAGACAAAAGUCAGUCGUCUCGAAUCGAUUCUGCAGACGCUAGGUCAUGGAGGGGAAAUCUAUUUAAAUGUACACGACUCUGGCAGAGAACUAGCUGGUCCGACGGCCUCCAAAUUAUUGAGAGCCGAUGACGAUCACCAAGCGCCACAGUCAUCCAAAAAGAUGAUAAGAACUGAGAUGCAGGACGCCAGUUUUGGAAAAUAUGACCGAGUUCGUUCCGACCGUACAUCGGAGCUGAUGUCCGUUCAGUCGAUGAUGAACACGAUCAGGCCUGUUACAGCACCGAAAGCGAUGCCCGACUUACCAUCAGGCGAGUUACUAUAUAGCCUUGUCGAUCUAUACUUUAAGCAUGUCAACACAUGGUGUCCGAUAUUAGAUCGCAAGAUUACUGUCGACAGCUUCUUUGGGCCCUCCGUUCCAGACGAGGCUGAUCGUAUUAUCCUGUAUGCGAUUGUGGCAAUUGCACUGCGGUUCAGUCAUGAUCCAUCACUGACACCCGAGUCCCGCAAGCAGUAUCAUUCUACAGCGAAGGAUAAUGUAUUGCUCUAUAGUUUACAGUAUCCAUCCAUUAAAUCACUACAGGCUCUCGUUAUUCUCACCUGGGAUUUCUUAGGCUCGUCUGAUGGCCCACCAAGUGUCAACAUACUAGCAAUAAUUGUUCGCACUGUUUUACAGCUGAAUCUGCAGGUUGAGUCUGGCUUAUCUCUGUCAACUACUGAUCGCUCAAAUGCGCCUCAUGGCCGUUUGCGGGACAGUAUUCUUCCUAAACCUAACUCUUGGAUUGAGGAAGAAGGUCGCCGGCGACUUUUCUGGAUGGUUUACAUUAUUGAGCGCUAUACUGUCGUAGCCACGGCUACAGACCCUACUCUAAAUGAAGAUUAUAUUGACCGUUCUCUUCCAUGUCGCUACGACCUAUUCUCAAAGAAUGAGGCUGUCGAGACGCGAUGGUUCUCGGGACCAGGACAGUCGAUGAUUAUUGAUCAGCCGGAAAAUCUUGGAAGUUUCUCAUACCACUGUGAAGUGAUGCGUACUCUGAGUCGUGUUCAAAUCUUUCUCCAGAACCCCAUUGACAUCUGCUCUCUGGUAGAAGUAGAGCGGUGGCAACUGACAUAUCGUGAACUUGACGAUGAGUUGAAUUCCUGGCUUAGCCGUCUUCCUGAUGAUUAUGGUAGGGUUUCUCAACUCUGUCACUCAGAUCCUACCAGUAAGAUUUCGAAUUGGAUAAUCCUACAUGCCGCAUUUGUUACCUCAGUUUUGCGCUUACACUCCUGCGCCGCGUAUCCCCCUGUUAGGUCUCACAUCUUUACCCCUUCCUUCAAUGCCUCCCAACGAUGUCUUGCCGCAGUACAAAGCCUUCGAGAAAUCGCUCAGGACGUUUUAAACACGGGAAUGCUCGAUCUUCUUGGCCCUCACUUUGCUUUUUCUUUGUAUGUUGCAGCCAGACUCCUGCUUGUUGAUUCGGCUUGCACCGGCGUCGAAAUGGACCCAAAUUGCCGCUUUUUCAUAUAUAUACUCGACAAGAUGGGCCAUUAUUGGGGAAUCGCUAGCCAAUAUGCUCAGACAUUGGAUCGAAUUUGUAAACAAUCGCACAUGGGCUGGCCAUAUAGCAACGGAGCAGCGUCAUCUGCUCCAAGAGCCCUCGCCACGAUGAGAAGAAGAGCGUAUGAAAUCCAUAUCUCAGCUACUCAUCGUCCUUCUACCGCAACCAAACCCCUACCCACCAAGUCUGUGACCGCAGACGAUCUCGAGUACCUUGAAGUAUUUCACUUUUUCAACUAUCCACGCCUUCCAACUGCCAUGAUUAGUAGCCCGGGCCUUUACCAUCCUUUCUUGAACUUAGAUGGGGACAUGAUAGGAAAGAAUUAUUUUAUGGCGGAAACAGGCUUUUCUACUAGGGCCAUGAAUACAAGAUGGUCGUACGGCCCAACAUGA